AUUUUGUUAUUUAUUUAAUUAAUUUAGUAACAUUUUAAUUCCAUAUAUAUGGGCUUCUGGAAUUGAAUUUAACAACUAAGAAAUUCAAAACUAUUUAUUAAAUUUAUUUAUAUUUGUUAUAUGUAUUUAUUUAGAGAUUCAUGUCCUUGUAUUUAAAUCAUGAUUUCAUUUUACUAAAUAAAUUUCUUCUCUUAGGUGCAGAAAAUCGAUUUUCUCUCAUAAAAAAUGUUAAAAGUGGUUUUCAUAUCCUUGAGUGCCCUUUUUGUCCCUACACAACCAGAAACAAAUCCAAUUUAAAAACUCAUUUAUUAGUUCAUAGUGGAGAACGUCACCAUGUUUGUGAUGUCUGUCAAAAGUCUUUCUCCCAAAAGGCACAUUUAAAAACUCAUCUGCGAAUCCAUUCUGGUGAACGCCCAUAUGGUUGUGAAAUAUGUGAUUACUCACAAAUAGAAAACUUUCCUUCCAACAUUGGGGGAAAUGUCUCUCCACCGCAUUCAUGCCCUCACUGCCCUUACAAGACUUGGACAAAUACACACCUUAAAAGUCACUUGAGAACACAUACUGGAGAACGCCCUUAUUUGUGUACUGUGUGCUAUAAGUCUUUUAUUCAACCGUCCCAUUUAAAAACUCACUUCAGAAUUCACUCUGGAGAACGUCCAUAUGGAUGCAAAACAUGUGGCAAAAAAUUUGCUGACAGAAGUAAUUUUUUGAGGCACCAUCUUAUUCAUGUAAACAAGACUUCCAGAUAAAUACUUGUAUUAGCGAAAUUAAUUUCUGUUAAAGUGUUGAAAGUGUGUUUUCAUCAUUUAGUCCACUAUUUUCUUGCAUUUAAAAUUUUUUUUAAUUAGUUCUUAACAUUUGAAGUUCGAUUAAAAUUAUCAUAUAUAAAUAUGCUUUUAAUGUUUUCAAUGGGACUUAUACCUAGUGUAAAAAAAAAAGAAAGAAUUCUAUGCAUUUUGAAAAUAACAUUGCAAUUGUAAUAUCUAUUUUUUACAAAAAAAAAAAAAAAAUUAAUGCAUAUUUGAACAAUUUAUAUAGAUUGAUGAGUACCAAUUUCUCAGCAGCUUCAUAAAUUACAGUUUCUGCUUUGCCUAAAUUUACUUGGGGGAUAAAUGAAUGGCGAAGUAUUGAAGAAUUUCACAAUUUUUUAUACUUUUCAAUCAUUUUUAAUUAUCUGUAUUGUAUAAUGCAUUGUUUGUUUUGUUUUGACAUUAGAUAUCAUCUUGGUGUUAAGUGAAAUAUGGUGUUAUAAGAAUGUUUCUAAAAUUAUAGUUCUUCUCUGUCUCUCUCUUUUAUAUCUAGAUGUCCAAAUAUUUAUUAAAAUUGAAAAAUCUUAUUGGCAUUUGGAGAAUCAUUCAUUAUUUAAAGAUAGGAUGCUAAUUCGUGUUACGUUUUAUAUCAUUGUCUCUUCAUAUGUAUUGGUCUUAGAAACAGUUAACAAGUGCAGUUUUCAAUUUGGUGUUUUAUUAACAAAAGUAAACAGAAUUUGUGUUUCUGAUAAUAAUAAAUGCUCUUAGACCAAAAAUAAAAGAAAGGGGACUAUCUUGUUUAUUGAAUAAAAAUUUAAUCUCCCAUUAUCUAUAUGAAUAUUAUGAUAAUAUAUGAAAUUAUGAUUCUAAUAACAUUUUGAUAACAUAUUAUUUUAUAUUA